CAACAUUUGAUGUUGACAGCUUCAUCUUUGUUAGACUUGCAACUACAAUCGGAGGUUUCGGAACUUAAAAAAGAAGUUAGUAAGCUUACUACACUUUUUUCUAACUUUAUGGUGCUGCAGCCGGUUGGAAAAGACCCUGGAAAAUUAUUGGUGUUUCAAGUGACAAUUUUAAAACUUUUAGUGGAUUGAACAGACCAUUUUCAGGUCAAGGAGAUGAAAAAGAAACAACAGUAUUUAAUGGGACGCCGGUUCUUGUUGAGGACGUUCCCGAUAAUUCACCUAAUUCUCCUAACAUACCGAAUGGUCAAGGUACAAGUCGUACUAUUAUGAACUGUAUUGAUCUACCUUUGGAUGCUUCACCAAAUGAACUAAGGAACAGCAGUAGAAUGGGCUUAUUGGACUAUACUUUUGACUUUUCUUUUGUUGACACUGAAGAAGAAGCUAAGCGAACAGGUGCCAAACCUAAGAGAAAAUUACCUCAAAAAACCUACGCACAAGUAGGCACAGAUUGUUUUGACAAAGAAAGGUGAAGAGUCAUUAUCAGAGCACCAACCCAGGGACUGCAUGCAUGUCUGAUCCUGCAUACAGAAUUUCAGAACUGACUACUGAGGAACUGAAGUCACUCAUGGAUCUCCACAACACAGAAAAACAAAAUGAUAAGAAAGAAUCUGUGAAGCCAGUAGGCUGUUGCAGCAAGGUGAUUAAUAUUUUGAAUAAAGGAGUUGCAUAUGUCGAUGGAGACAUGGAAGAAUUUGGAAAGUGGAUUAAAGGUAAACCUGUAAUAUUUCAGUUUAUUGACUGGUUCUUAAGAGGUACAGCACAAGUGAUGUUUGUCAAUAACCCACUCAGUGGCCUAAUCAUAAUUGCUGGUCUUUUGGUGCAAAAUCGUUGGUGGGCAAUCACUGGCUGCAUAGGAACUGCAGUGUCAACUCUUGUUGCAUUAUUACUCAGCCAAGACAGAUCAGCAAUUGCAGCAGGCCUCCAUGGAUACAAUGGGAUCCUUGUGGGCUUACUAAUGGCAGUAUUCUCUGCCAAAGGAGACUGGUACUGGUGGCUGAUUCUCCCAGUGGUUGUCAUGUCUGCAGUCUGUCCAAUUCUGACAAGUGGAUUGGCCUCCAUUAACAGCAAAUGGGAUCUUCCUGUUUUCACCUUGCCUUUUAACACUGCAGUAUGCCUGCAUAUAGCUGCAACUGGACACUUCAACAAUUUCUUCCCAACAAUUGUCUUUCAGCGAUUGUCAUCAGUACCUAACAUCACUUGGUCAGAACUUAAUGUGCCACUGCUACUCAGAGCUAUACCAGUUGGAGUUGGCCAGGUAUAUGGUUGUGAUAACCCUUGGACUGGAGGAAUCUUCAUUGUUGCUCUGUUUAUCUCUUCUCCAAUCAUUUGCUUACAUAGUGUAAUUGGAUCCACAGCAGGAGUUCUAGCAGGGCUGUCUCUGUCAUCUCCUUUUGACAAAAUAUACAAUGGCCUGUGGGGUUAUAACAGUGUGCUGGCCUGCAUUGCUGUAGGAGGAAUGUUCUAUGCCCUUACAUGGCAAACUCACCUACUAGCUAUAGCUUGUGCAUUUUUCUGCGCUUACUUGGGAGAAGCUCUAGCACAAAUGAUGUCUGUGUUUGGAUUACCUUCCUGCACCUGGCCAUUCUGCCUCUCAGCACUGCUGUUUUUGUUACUCACAACGAACAACAAAGCUAUUUACAAGUUGCCACUUUCCAAAGUCACAUACCCAGAAGCUAAUCGCAAGUAUUACAUGGAGAUGAAAAAAAUAAAGGAAGACUGCAAUGAUAUUGUGUAAUUCUCAAAAGCAUGGUGAUAUUAUCUGCUUUCUGAAGCAAAAUGAUAUAUCUGAAGUGAUGGUCAAGAGUUCGUAUGAGAUCAGCAACAUGGGUAGCCUGUGCAAACUACAGUACUAUCGGCUGAUCAGAAUUCUAGCACUGCAUUUUAUCAUUUUGUAAUGGGUUUUCCUUCACUGUGCACAUGGAACUUCUUAAUAACACUGUGUGAAGCUUGUGCAUUGUGUGACUGGGUUCCUUAGAUGGUGCUGUUUUCUGCACUUUUGUGUUAGAUGAAGAAACUGCAAAGAGAGAUAUUUCCUGGCAUGACAAACCAAUUGUAUUUUCUCUGCCGAGAAGAAUAUAUUUUGGCCUAAAUGCACACAUUUUUAAUACAGAAAAAAUACAAGAGUUUUAUUUUUGUUACUGAUGUUACAAACUCUGAUUUAGUUGUAGCUUUUAUAUUCCUGGGUCUGUAAGAAAUGUAGUGUUAAAUGUGAUUUAGCACAUAAAAUGUUAUUUUUAAUGAUUAAGUUUGUUGGGUCUGUUUCUGUUCUAUUAAAAAAAAAGAAAGAAAAGAAAUCACAGAAGUUAUAUAAGAUGCAUUUUGUUGUCUCUUUGUGAUAAAGUUUACUUUUGUAAAUAUUAAAUAUUUCCAAUAAACAUAAUCUACAUCUA